AUGACAUCUGACCAAGAAACCACCUCAAAUCCCUGGGUCGAGUAUGAUCGCCAGACCACCAUUGUCCGGUGUGAUUGGGGCCCCUGCGGAGAGCCCCGUGGCCGCAGCGACCUUACGUCGAUUAUGGCGAAGAACUUUCAGACUCGGUCUAAUUCUGAGCCUUACGACCCCUAUGGAACCUCCAGGCGAUGGGUGGAUAUUCUGUCCUGUGCGCUGAGCCAACCCAUUACCCUCUCCCACCCCGAUCCAGCCGACCCCAACAAGACCCUACAAUCACUAGGCUUGAGCAUUAUCUCGCGCUACUACACUAAGCCCAAUCCGCAGCAGGCAGAGGCAGCAGGUGAGCAAGUCCACAGGCUUCAGCCCGUCCUCACCCCCCAAAAUGCACAGCUCGUCAUUGUGGACGUUGUUCGGCCCGAGGACGCGAGAGUAGAAAUUGAAAACACCCAAUAUGUUGACGGGUCUGUACUGACUGCCCCUCAUGCUCGCGCUUCUCCUCUCUUCCGGAUCUUCUGUGUCCCUUGGGAUUCUUCAUCACAAAUGAAUUCUCCAAUCAUGACGCAGGAGGCCAGCGAGUUUCACCAGAAAUUUCCCACCUCCGCUGGGGGCAAGGACCUGCAUGUCAUCCGCAACGGAUGUGUCAUAGCCAGGAAUCAUGCCCUGGGAUUUUUUGUUGUUGACGCGGGUGAAAUGAGAGCCGACGAAUACCUUCGCUUGACUAGUACCUUGCGCAACGCAAGGCGCGAUCGGAUCUGGAUGGUGAGAUUCUUGCAAAGAACCCUUCACCACGCCCUCUGGGACGCCCUCGUGGACCAUCAGGCCCGGUACGCCUGA